UUUGAUUUUCAUUUUUUUAUUUUAUUUUAUUUUGUUGCUCAACACACCUUUUUUCUUACUCCAAACCUUUUAUUUCGUGUAGAACCCACUCCUCCCCUCUCGACGGUCGCUUACACUUUAUAUUUCUUUCUUUUUGUUCGCUUACUCUCACCGCGCGCUGAAUUCAAAGUCAAACAACAAUGGUAAACACAAAUUCCUAUAGUCAAAAUUCACAACACACACCAUUCCUUUUUCUCCAACAACCUAAAAUACACACACACCCUCUUUCUCUCUCUCUCUCGCUUCUCUUGUGUUUUUCCAAAAACUGUAAAUAAAAAUAAUAGCCCACCUCUGGUGACUUUCUCGCUUCGGACGAAGAGAUUGACAUCGAGAUGUUUGACUCCGAUGUUGAGCUCAGCAAGACCACAAGCGCAUCUCACAAACAUUUGACGCCAGCGAGCAUAAUCAAAGACAGUGACAGCGACAGCGAUUUCAUGGACUCCUCCUCCAACAGCAAGCCCAAACGCGGAUCCACAAUAGUUGCCAAGCGCGGCGGUGGUCGCGGGCGAGGCAGGGGACGAGGCGCAGCCAGUGGAGCCACCAGAUCAGCUAGAAGGGACGUCGAUGUAGAGAUCCUUGACGAAGAGGCAUUUGAUGCACCACCUCCCGCUGUUGCCAAGCCCCGCCGCGGACGGCCGCGCAAGACGCCCGUUGACACGGAUGACUUCGAAAAGCCAAAAGCCACGCGCGGACGCAAGAAGGUCGUACCGGCCGUCACCCUGAUAAGCGACGGCGCUGAGGAGGACUUUGACAGCGACAACGACGAUGACGAUGAUGGCGAAUUCGGAAAACCCAAAGCAAAGGCAAAACCCAAAAAAACACCGGUCAAGGGCAAGGCGCGACAAAUGACGCUGGACGAAAUCGAGAUACCACAGAAGGAUCCCGUGUUUGAUCCCAGUCGGGUUGCGGAGCUGGCCGCGCGGUACCCGGACUUAUAUUGGAAAGAGUUGGUGACGGCUGCGGAAUCACCCUCGGACUGCCACGUUAUAGACGACUCUACGCGUAUUGAUUUCAUCGACGACGAGCACCCGCUGGAGCUCUUGGCCAGCAAUAUGAGCGACCAAAUGGCGCUCACGGGAAUGGCGCUGUCCCCGGACGGCACCAUGCUGGCGACAUUCGGCAGCUCCGGACACGUUCACAUCUGGGACACGGACUCCUUCGAGUGUCUGACCACCCUGCGCGAUCUAAGCGAGCCCAACAUUGAUGAGUUCUUUGUCGGCCAGUUUACGCCCAACUCCGAGUACCUUGUUGUGGGCGGCAAGCUCAAGGAUCGCAAGAGGUGGUCGGAGGCUGACGAGGAUAACCACAUUCUGCCGUGUCCGUUGAAGGUAUUCAACGUGCUCACCGGCCAGGUUGUCGCGCGGUUAGAAGGCCACUCGGAGGAGAUUCUGUGCGCGAAGAGCGUUGUUUACAAGGGCGAAAACUACUUUGUGACCACCAGCCAGGACGGGUACAUCAGGCGCUGGCAUAUGGACUCGGACUGGGUGGUUCUGCUGGACUCGCAGGAGGUCGAGGAUGGCAUCACGUGCAUGGCAUUCACAGUCUCCUUUGUGCCCAAUACUGGCAACCGCUUCUUCCUUGCCUCUACGGAUGACCAUGUGACACUGAUGGACCUGGAGAACUGCAAGAUCGUACAGCGCUUCGACCCGAUUUACUCCUCAUACUGCGACUGCGGAAAGUUUAUCGAGCUUGUCGAAGAACCCGUGUACCAGCCCAGAAAGCCCGUGGCGAUUGAUGAUGGAGACGACAUUGGUGUUAGCUCUGCUGCUUCUGUUCCAACCACCACCACAAUUCCGGAAGCCUUCGGGGCCUACGCGUAUUUUGUGACCCGCGGCGUGGAACUGCUCGACGCUGAGGACAACACGGUGUCGUCGCGGCCCAACACCUGCACACUGCACCGCCUGGUGUACCCAACCGAGCCCGACGGCAAAUUUGAACUGCAGGAGAUCCGGCGCUACCACCACGACGAAUACCUAUCGAACUCGUGGCUAAUUCGAGUAGCUUCCAACGGCCGAUACAUCCUGGCACCGACCCUCAACGGCCAAGUAUUCGUGUUUAGCCUGGCCACUGGCCAAGUAACAGGUAUCCUGCGCGACCACGAUACCAUCGAAGUGCGUGAUUGCAAGUUCCAUCCGACAAAGAACCUCAUGUUUACGUGUAGUGAUGAUGGUACUGUCAAGGUGUAUCGCAGCACAAGGUGUGCAAAGAGCUCCUUGGAUUCGACAGUGUCGGUGGAGGAUGUUGAGAUGUGCGUAGAUGCCAUGAGAGAUGAUGGGCUUGCUACUCCCCAGACUACGGCUGUGUCGCCUGUGGCGUGUCUGAAAGAGGCUGUGGAGUCUAUGGCUGUGAGCGACAACAACAGCGCGUUUGAAGACACCGACGGCGUUGCUGGCAAAAUCGAAAAUUACGAAACUGGCUAAAGUAUCGAGUAAACAAUAAAAUAUAUAAAAUA